GGCGCCAUUUAUCCAUAGCCCCGCGCGCGCAGAGAUCUCCCAUGGGUUCCGAACGGAUGCUUGAAGUGCUGAACACUUGAGAGGCGAGUCGAGCACCUCACCAUCCCUCUCCACACAACACAGCGAGCAGCCAUCCUGAACACAUGACUGCAGCAGCCAGAAGCCCCCACUAAAUAACCACAUGAGAAGGCUAUAAUGGAUAAAGGGAUUUUGCAGAUUUGAACCCUUCGUUAUAAUAACUGCAACUAAAGAUCUCAUCAUCCAUGCUUAUUCAGAUCCGUUCCAGCGCGCAAAGUUCAGACGCAUCUGAAGGAACUUUGGAGAGUGGGAGUUUGAAGGACUCAUCUGAGACUUUCUGAACUGGUGCAGGAAUCGUUUUAAUUUGAUUUGCAUUCUUGUUUGAAUCUGUAGGUGAUGCUUUUCUCGGGAGCGUUUUUGCGCAAAGGGAAAUUAUCAGUCGUUGGCACUGCUGGGGUUUUACUUCUGACAAUGAAAAGCAAAUGAGACGGUUAUCCCUUCACUUUUAUUGACGGCUCAACGACAGGAUGCGGAAGAGGGAACUGCAGCGUGUGGGCAGGAGAUUGCUGCUGUUGGGCAUCUGUCUGCUGUCUCUCUGGGGUCAGCUGAGCCUGGCCUCAACACAUCGCAGCCAUAUUGUGCACGUCAAAGCGGGAACCUGUGAGGUCAUUGCAGCCCACCGCUGCUGUAACAAGAACAAAAUCGAGGAGCGCUCCCAAACUGUCAAGUGUUCUUGCUUCCCUGGGCAAGUUGCUGGUACAACAAGAGCAGCUCCUUCCUGUGUGGACGCUUCUAUAGUAGCACAGAAGUGGUGGUGUCAGAUGCAGCCAUGUAUGGAGGGUGAGGAGUGUAAGGUGUUGCCGGAUCUAAAAGGUUGGAGCUGCAGCACGGGAAACAAAGUCAAGACGACCAAGGUCACACGAUAGUCUGGGACCAAUAUACAUUUGGGAUUAGCAGCAUUUUUUUUUUUUUUUUUUUUUUUUUUUUUUGAUCAAAGCAAUGGAAAUGAAGAUACAUAGACUUCAAACCACUUCACAACUAUUGGGAUCAAGUUGUUGGACCUCUGAAUACUAAUGUCACUUGGAAUGGACCAUUUAAACACAUGGAGUUUUUCUCUUCCCCUUUUCCCUCUUCUACAGUAUUUUCGCUCUGCCAAACUCCCAGUUUUUGUUUUAUAACAGUGUUGGACAAGAUCAUACACCAUGUAAAGUAAAUAUUCCAUAAAAAUCAAGAUGUGGACCAGUUCAGAGACAGUUCUGCAAUUUCGGAACAGUGGAUUACAUUUUUGAAGCGAAUGUGGACUUUAAAGGUUUACUUAUUACUUGAAUCAUACGUUCCAGAGGCACUAAUAUUCAGUCCCUUAUCCUUUGGUGCCAAUAUUUUCUUUCUUCUACUAUGGGCAGACUUUUUGAUCAAUGUGAGGUGUGUGAUUUUUGGGUAUGGUUUUGAGGGCACUCAGCUCCAUUUUGAAAUGGACUUGAGCAAGAGGAAAGUAUAACGAUAAGAAUUACAGGUAUUAAUAAUGGAUGAAAAGUUGAAGUGGUCUACGGGAGCAGCGAAAAAGAAGAUAGCAAAAAGAUUUAUUGUUUGUUUUUAAAAGCCUUGGUGGCCAAUAUUGAGUCAAAGUGUCAGUAUUAUCUCAAAUAAAAGUAUCUCUAUGGGAAA